AUGGAAGAUAAUUAUGACUCAGAUUCAUCAAAUAAAAAAAAGGAAAAUGUAAAGUUCUCAAAAUUUGUAACGUCUCUAAGUUUUAUGAAAAAGAAUACAGAACAUCAUGAAAAUGCAAAGAAGAAAAUAAAAUAUUCCAAUGAUAAUCAUAUGUGGAUAGUAAACGAAUAUGAAGAAGCAGCAAAAGCUUAUUUGAAAAAAGAAUCACCACAAAAAAAUAAAAAGCAUGUAUCAUUAAAUUGUUUAGGAAGGAAAACAUACAAUAAUUAUAAUAAUCAUGUUAAUCUCUAUAAUAUAGAAAUAAUCAAAUUUAUAAAUUCAGUAAAAAGGAAUAAACCUAUAAGUUCCUUGAAGGAAUGA